CGGUGGCUGAGGCUGGAGGCGGAGGCGGCUGUAGGCGAUGUGGGGCUUUGAAGGAGACUGAGCCCGUUUCCCUCCUCCCCCCACACCGGACACCGGCGCUGUGGACACAGGUUCUCUUUGGUUCCUCGCCCCCGGGGCUGAGGCGGAGACCCGGGCAGGCUGUCCUGCUUGGGCUCGGGCUCCGGCGCCGGCGCCGGCCAGGCCCAACCGCUGGGAACGGAGCGGAGCGGAGCUGAGGAGGCCGAGUCGGUAGUGAAAAGAGAAAACUGAAGGACAGACUUUCAAGAUGAGCAAAAAGCCCCCAAAUCGUCCUGGAAUCACUUUUGAGAUUGGUGCUCGUUUGGAGGCACUGGACUACUUACAAAAAUGGUACCCAUCAAGAAUUGAAAAAAUAGACUAUGAGGAGGGUAAGAUGUUGGUCCAUUUUGAACGCUGGAGUCAUCGUUAUGAUGAGUGGAUUUACUGGGAUAGCAAUAGAUUGCGACCUUUGGAAAGACCAGCACUAAGAAAAGAAGGACUGAAAGAUGAAGAAGAAUUUUUUGACUUUAAAGCUGGAGAAGAAGUUCUGGCACGUUGGACAGACUGUCGAUAUUACCCUGCAAAGAUCGAAGCAAUUAACAAAGAAGGAACAUUUACAGUACAAUUCUAUGAUGGAGUGAUUCGAUGUUUAAAAAGAAUGCACAUUAAAGCCAUGCCAGAGGAUGCCAAAGGGCAGUUUCUGUUCCAGGUGAAAUCCCAGCAUCCACUAAGCUGGUGUUGUCCUAUCGACCCAGCUGGAGCGUGGAACCAGUCUGUGGGAAGUCAGGAUUGGAUAGCUUUAGUCAAAGCAGCAGCUGCUGCAGCCGCCAAGAACAAAACAGGGAGUAAGCCUCGAACCAGUGCAAACAGCAAUAAAGAUAAAGAAGAAAGAAAAUGGUUUAAAAUAUCUUCAAAGAAGGAAGAAACCUCAACCUCUACAGCUAUACAAGAAAUUGAGAAAAAGGAAGAACUGCCAACAUCUAGUGAAACAUUUGUAGGUCUCCACGUAGAGACUGUUCCAAAGAUGGUCUUUCCACAACCAGAGAGCACAUUAUCGCACAAGAGGAAAAGCAAUCAAGGCAACUCUUUUCAGGCAAAGAGAGCUCGUCUUAACAAGAUUACUGGUUUGUUGGCAUCCAAAGCUGUUGGAGUGGAUGGUGCUGAAAAGAAAGAAGACUGCUGCAGUGAAACGGCUCCAAUGCUGGAGCAGGAGAUUUCACCUAAACCUCAAAGUCAGAAAAAAAAUGAAGCUGACAUUAGCAGUUCUGCCAACACUCAGAAACCUGCACUGUUAUCCUCAACUUUGUCUUCAGGGAAGGCUCGCAGCAAGAAAUGCAAACAUGAAUCUGGAGAUUCUUCUGGGUGUAUAAAACCCCCUAAAUCGCCACUUUCCCCAGAGUUAAUACAAGUCGAGGAUUUGACGAUUGUAUCUCAGCUUCCUUCUUCAGUGAUUAAUAAAACUAUAUCUACUACAAUGUCACAUAACAUUGGUCCAUCACAACCUGUGAAUCCCCCUAGACCUUCCAAACAUAGUGAGCGGAGAAGAAGAUCACAGCGUUUAGCCACUUUGCCGUUGCCUGAUGAUUCUGUAGAAAAGGUUUCUUCUCCCUCUCCAAUCACUGAUGGAAAAGUGUUCUCCAUCAGUUCUCAAAAUCAGCAAGAGCCAUCAAUACCUGAGGUACCUGAUGUUGCUCAUGUAUCACUUGAGAAGCUUGGACCCUCUCUCCCUCUUGACUUAAGCCGUAGUUCGGAGGUUACAGCACCCGUAACCACAGAAUCCUCUUUUAAUGAGUACCCCAGUACAGAAAAGGAAGAUAUACAGAUGAUUUCAUAUCAUUCUUCCAAAGCAGUAACUGAUGGAAGAGUAGCUUCAACAGUGUCAGGAGUAUUGAAAACAGAAAAAAAAGUGAAAUUGGAAGAGAAAAGUUCAACGACAUUUGGUAAGAAGAAAGAAAAGGAUAAAGAGAGAAAAGAGAAAAGAGAUAAAGAUCAUUUUAGGCCAAAACAAAAGAAAAAGAAGAAGAAAAAAAAGAAAUCCAAACAGCAUGACUAUUCAGACUAUGAAGACAGUUCUCUAGAAUUUUUGGAAAGGUGCUCCUCUCCACUCACUCGGUCCUCCGGGAGUUCUCUGGCUCUGCGAAGCAUGUUCACGGAGAAAAAUACGUCAUAUCAAUAUCCAAGAGCUAUUUUAUCUGUUGAUCUUAGUGGAGAAAAUUUGUCAGAUGUUGAGUUCUUAGAUGACUCUUCAACUGAAAGUUUACUUCUGAGUGGUGAUGAGUACAAUCAGGACUUUGAUUCCACCAAUUUUGAAGAGUCUCAAGAUGAAGAUGAUGCCCUUAAUGAAAUUGUCAGGUGUAUUUGUGAAAUGGAUGAGGAAAAUGGUUUUAUGAUUCAGUGUGAAGAGUGCCUGUGUUGGCAACACAGUGUCUGUAUGGGACUGCUAGAAGACAGCAUCCCAGAGCAGUACAUCUGCUAUAUUUGCAGGGAUCCACCAGGUCAAAGAUGGAGUGCAAAAUAUCUUUAUGAUAAGGAAUGGUUGAACAAUGGGCGAAUGUGUGGGUUAUCAUUUUUAAAGGAAAAUUACUCUCAUCUCAAUGCCAAAAAGAUAGUUUCAACACAUCAUCUACUUGCUGAUGUAUAUGGUGUAACAGAAGUAUUACAUGGGUUACAACUGAAGAUUGGAAUUCUAAAGAACAGGGAUCAUCCUGACCUUCAUCUCUGGGCCUGUUCAGGGAAGCGGAAAGACCAAGAUCAAAUGGCUCUUGGGAUAGAGAAAAAAAUGACAGUGCAAGACACUCUUAAUCUGCAAGAACGGACUUGUUCUGCUCAGAAUCAUAAAGAGACUCCUAGCUUGCCCAGGAAAAUGGAAGGAACAUAUAUUACAAGUGAGCACAGUUACCAGAAACCACAAAAUUUUGGUCAAGAUUGUAAAUCUACUGAUCCUAUGAGCUCUGAUGAUGAAGAUGUUAGUAGUUUUGAAGAAGAACAAGAAUUUCAUACAGAAGAUACACAUUGUUUACAGUUUUCCAUAAAAGAAGAUGGUAUGAAUGAACAGAAGAAUUCAGCAGAAGGGAAUACAUUAUUUAUUUAUAAUGAAAAAAGAAAUACAGAAGAAAAAGGAGACUCUCAUCUUCAGUGGCAACUCAACCUUCUCACACAUAUAGAGAAUGUCCAAAAUGAAGUCACCAACAGGAUGGAUCUAAUUGAAAAAGAAGUGGAUGUUCUGGAAAGCUGGCUUGAUUUCACAGGAGAGUUGGAGCCACCAGAUCCUCUUACAAGAUUGCCACAACUUAAACGUCAUAUAAAACAGCUCUUAAUUGAUAUGGGGAAAGUACAGCAGAUAGCUACUCUUUGUUCUGUAUGACAAAGAAACAAGAAAAAGAACAUGAUUGUCUAUAGCAAAAUUUGUUUUUAUUAUCUGCCAGAUUGACAGUGGAUAGUUGAAAGCUUAGUAAAUUUUUAUUAAGUUUUGUAACUAGCAUUGUAACAUCAAUAUAAUGGAGACUUGGAGAGGAAUAUGGUGACUAGUCCUAUCAAGGUCAAUAUCUAAAAAAUAACAAAACAUUUCCUGUGCAAGCUGCAAAUGGUAAUUAUAUGUACUGAGGAUUGGCGAUAUAGAAUAUGAUCAAUACUAAGUAAAAUUAGUUGACUGGAUUUUCCAGAAUUCAUUUACCUGAACCUCAAGAUAUCCAUGAAAACAAUAUUUUAAAAAAAGUUUUAGUAGUAAGAUAAAAACUUGCAGACCAAUAUUUUACCCACAACAAAAUUAUAGAAAAAAACCCAACAUUCUUGAAGAUUUCUAUUAUAUUGUUAUUGUGACACAGAUCCAGAAAGAAUUGUUUCUAGUGUAUAAUUUCAGCCACAAAAAAAGUUUCUGGUCUAUAAAUUCGUAUAGGAUCAUGAACUAUUUUCCUGAGUGAUAAAACUCCUUAAUCAGUUAAGAUAACACAAGCUUUACUUUGGGGCUGGGUAUAAGCGGGCCUAGGAGAAUGUCAAAUUGUGGAAUACUUGUUUUUUCCAAAUGGUAUAUUUUUUAAAAAGAAUGUAAAUUCUUAUUGUAGCCAGUCUAUAAAAAUGAGGGGUGUAUAGUAGUGAAAUGUGCCAAAUAACAAUGACACCCACUGGAAUGAGAGUUUGAAUUGGAAAUUUUUUUUCCUCAAAAUCUGACAGUGGUAUCAGUCCAUCAAAAAUACUUUUGCAUUCAUAUACACAUCUUUACUAAGUCUUUUAUGUAUGUAUAAUACAUACAUGUGCAUUGCAUGCACAUGUCUACAUGCAUACAUCAGCACACAUUUCAUAAUGUUUGCAUAUGUAUAACAUACAUGAUAUCCAUGUGUGUGCUUAUGUACCUGUGCAUAUACAGGUACACACAUUUCUGUUGCAGUAUUCAGGGUUUAAACUAUAUUGGUCCUGAAUUGGUGUACUUGGUUAGAAACAAACUAAAUAACCUCAGCUGGGAUGAGGAACAAUGACAGCAUUAAGCCAGUUUGUGACUAUGGUGUGCUAAGUAGAUAAAAUAUGGGGGCAAUUUGGUAAUUGAAAGAUGUUUUUAUUUAAAAUCUUUUUAAGUAUUGGUCAUGAAUGGACAAAUUCUAGAAACCAAAGGCAACUUAGUUGCCAGUUAGCUCUUGCUGGAUUUUGAGCUUAGGUUCACUAUGUGCCAGUGCUCAUCCACAUUGUUUGCUGCACCCAGUGCUACAUAUACAUGUAUGUGUGCCUGUGUAUGCUUGUUUUUAAACAUACACUCACAUACAUAUGUACAUAACCUAUACAUAUUUAUAUCUACACAUGUCUAGUUUUAUUACUAUAGACUAUAAGAAUUGAUGGUUAACAUUAAAUGUUGCCUUUUAACAGAAAGUUUCUAAAAAUUAAAAAUGUAUGUACAGGUUUUGAAAUUUGUAAAAAAAAAAAAAAAAUUAAAAAAGACUGUUAAAGGGAGGCUGUUUAACUAAUGCUAUUAAGAUACUUGAACAUUUUAUGCCUCACUACUGUUUAUCAGUUCUAGUGAUCUGUAUAAAUGCAUUUUGGAACCGAUAGAUGGUCAACUUGAAUUUACCUUUGAAAAGAGUACACACCACUGUACAUUCAAGAUUUAUUUAAAUUUGCAAAAACACUGUUCUAUAUGUAAGGUACUGUAUGUAAAACUCUUUAUUAAAACUAUUCCACAUA